GGCAAAGUCUGGACAUGGCGGCUCCUGGGCCAGCGCUCUGCCUCUUCGACGUGGACGGCACCCUGACGCCACCACGGCAGUAGAAUUUUGUUGUGCUGAGUACUUUCCUGAGAAAUGCCAUUCCAUCUAAAAACAAUCGAGACUUGGAAGAAAAGCCUGCAAAAAGAAGAGGGGCAUAAAGCUAGAAAAUUACCAAAGAAAUGGAUGACUUUGUACAGAAAUUGAGGCAGAAGAUCAAAAUCGGAGUAGUAGGCGGGUCGGACUUUGAGAAAGUGCAGGAACAACUGGGAAAUGAUGUGGUUGAAAAAUAUGAUUAUGUGUUUCCAGAAAAUGGCUUGGUAGCGUACAAAGACGGGAAACUCUUGUGUAAACAGAGUAUUCAAAGUCACCUGGGUGAAGCCCUAAUCCAAGAUUUAAUCAACUACUGUCUGAGCUACAUUUCGAAAAUUAAGCUCCCAAAGAAGAGGGGUACUUUCAUUGAAUUCCGAAACGGGAUGUUAAAUGUGUCCCCUAUUGGGAGAAACUGCAGCCAAGAAGAACGCAUUGAGUUCUAUGAACUUGAUAAAAAAGAAAAUAUAAGACAGAAAUUUGUAGCGGAUCUGCAGAAAGAGUUUGCAGGAAAAGGCCUCACGUUUUCCAUAGGAGGCCAGAUCAGCUUCGAUGUCUUUCCUGAUGGAUGGGACAAGAGGUAUUGCCUGGGACAUGUGGAGAAGGACGGCUAUAAGACCAUUUAUUUCUUCGGAGACAAAACUAUGCCAGGUGGCAAUGACCAUGAGAUCUUCACAGACCCGAGGACCGUGGGCUACACGGUGACGACGCCCGAGGACACACGCAGGAUCUGUGAGGAGCUCUUCUCCUAACCGGCCCUGCCCCGGGGGAGCGGGGGAGGCCCAGCCAGCAAGCCUGAAAAGGCCGUUUCGUGGCCCGACCCGAGAUCCCUCCCUCACACCCCACGCCCCCAGCCAGCCCAGCGUCUCCGCAUUCAGUCCUCACGCACCGUCUCCACAGUGGUGUCCUCACCCAGCAGUGAACUCGCCCCCCACGCCCAGUGCCAGGAGUAGCUGCAGGGACAAGAAAGGCUUGUCAAGAGUGGCUCAAAGAAAUACCUCGUCAGAGGGUUCACCCCCCACCCCGAGUCUCAGACCCCCGACACGUGGAGUCACAGUACACGUGGUGUUUGGGGAACCUCCCCGUAUUCUAGAAUGAUAGAGAAAAAACGCACGUGCCUAGACCCUCCCUCUUCGCAGGUCUUGUGAAAAACGUAACAGGUGUUAAUGUGUGGCCUUCCUGCUUCAAUACCGAGAGGGGAUUUGGGGGUGAGAAGGACAGGAGAGGACUUCACAGAGGUCCAGCCCUGGGCAGAAGUUGAGAAACCCCUCCUGAAAUGCAGCUCCCUGCCGAGUGUCAGCUUGGUGGGGCUUUCAGAGCCAGGGCACUGUGGUGGUCGGGCGGGGUCAAGCGAAGUGACUGCGUGCACUCUGCUCUCCCACCGCUUCCUGUGUGUGAGACGCAGACCUCAGCGUGGCCUGUGGGUGGCCGGCUGGCCUGGAGCUCGGGGUCGCUCUGUGUUCACUACCCGUUGAGAAGCCCCGGCUGGUUCUCUAGCCAUCAAGAUGGGAGGAAAAAGGAGCCGACACCCCCGUUAAGCAUUGGCACACAGCCCUCCUCGGGAUGCCGGCUCUGAGCCCAGGUCCGGGUGUCACACUUCACCGAAAGAACCUUCUCCAUGCUUGGGCUGGAUGGGGUUCCCAGAGGCCUAUUCACCUCUGUUGCUCAGGGAUCAGCUAAGAGCCUGGAUAAUUAGCGGAACAGGAGGUGCUCUGUGUCUGCACAUCUUUAAUAAGGAAGCGUGUCCACCAGGCCCUCACCCGGACUUUGACCUAAGGGCUGGGAGGAGCCGUGGUUGGGCCUGCGACCCUCCCUCCCCUCCGUGUCCCGCAAGUUCCUUGUGAAACUGGAAGGCAGCUCCAGGCCCUCGUCCAGAACACGAAGAAAGAGAGCUUUCCAAGGAGGCAGUUAACGU